UCAUGCUGCUGCCAGGUCCAGAGUCUCUCAUGGGUCCCUGUACGGCCUCCCAUUGCUGCUUUCUCCAUCGCCACACUCUGCCAUGUGCCACUUUCAGGUCUCCUCACACUGCUGGUGUGUUCCAUUUUUUGUCAUAGGGUGCUGGCAGAUUUACGGGCCUCCCAUAGCUGCUGCCAGGCCCCUAAUCUGCCAUGGGCCCCUAUACCGCCUCCUCAUGCUGCUGCCAGGUCCAGAGUCUCUCAUGGGUCCCUGUACGGCCUCCCAUUGCUGCUGUCUCCAUCGCCACACUCUGCCAUGUGCCACUUUCAGGUCUCCUCACACUGCUGGUGGGUUCCAUUUU